AGACAAACAAAGGUAGGAAUUCGUACCGAAACUAAUAUAAGUACAUAAUAAUAUAAUACCUAUGUUCAAGUAUAAUGUUGUGAACACUUCAUUCGAGUGCGAUGCCACGGCUGCGAUAGUCUUUUGAUUCUGCGAUGUGCGUGUGAGUGAGACGAGCUCAAUCCGACAACAGGCUCCCAUCUGCCGGCAGAAAAACAACAAGAACCAUGGCGUCGCCAGCCGUCCUGCACGGGUUCUUCGCGUCGUCCUGCACGUGGCGGGUGCGCGCGGCGCUGGUGCUGAAGAGCAUCCCGUACGAGGAGCGCCACGUGGACAUCGUGCAUCUCAAGACGCACCUCUCCGACCAGUACCAGGCGGUGCACCCCGCGCAGAAGGUGCCCGCGCUUGAGAUCGAUGGCACGACGUUGGUGGAGUCGAUGGCGAUCCUGCAGUACCUGGAGGACACCCGCCCGCGCCCCGCGCUCGCCCCCGCCGCCCCCCUACCCCGCGCCCGCAUGAGGGAGAUCGUCGAGACAAUAGUGUCGGGGAUCCAGCCGCUGCAGAACGUGGGGGUGCGUGGCCUGCUGGGGUCGGACGAGGAGUACUCGGCCUUCAGUCGGGGCGCGGCGCGGCGCGGGUUGCAGACCCUGGAGGCACUUCUGGCCAGGUCCGCGGGGCAGUACUGCGUGGGCGACCAGCUCUCCAUGGCCGAUUUGUGCUUCGUGCCGCAGCUGUUCAACGCUGUCGGCAGACUGAAACUGGACAUCAGUGACCUUCCGACCAUCUCCAAGCUCUACGCGAAGUUGUCUAAAGAGGAGAUCUUCAUGAAGACUCAUCCCAGGACAGUCAAACAUCUUUCCGAAACAUAAAUAUUACACUUAGCUAAUAGUAACUCUUCCGAUAUUAAACAUUUAUUUAGUGUU